GUCAGGAAAUUUGGAGCUGAAGGUGGGUGAAUAUUGUCGGCGCUUUGGGUUCUCUAAAUAGGCAGUGUCACUGGCAGGCAUCUACCGCGCCGAUGUUAUGUAUCGAUCACAACUUGCGUUCACCAAGGUUAUCGUGUCCAGUGAUGACAUCCAAAGUGCUUCGACCGAGGUUCCCAUUAAUAUUGGGGAAUCUACCAUUUUAACCCAGCAAGCUGAAAUAUACCGUUUCUCCGAUCCCAAAACCGACCUCUUGGUACCGAAGAAAAAUAUUCAAUGCGUUGGUUUCAUUGUGAAGGAUGGGGACGCACCCAAGACAACCCUAGUUUGGCGUGGUGUAGGACACGGGCAGAAGUUGAACGUGGAAUUUAUUCCGCGUCUACGAGGUUAUAUUGCUGCGGACCCCUACAAAGAGGAUGGCUUGAUCAAGCGCCCAGUUGACAGUGACCGCCUUUUCGACGAAGACCUCACUGCUCUUGACAAGCAUACCACGUGGGCCAUCACAUAUGAUGAGACAGCUGGAGUCUUUAGCAUCGAUGAGGAGAUAAAGAGUGGGGCUCAAGAUCUAUGAUGACCUGUUGAUCAUUUCCUUUUAUGAACCUCUUUCAAAUGUUGGUUGCCGUCGAUUACUGGUAUGUACAGUACAUGUGCUGUUUCGAUGUCGUUAUCUUCUUGUAAACCAUUCCCGUUUGUUGUGCAACUCGUG